AUGCUGGUUUUCACUGCUACUCAGAAAAAAUGUACUAUACAAGGCAACGAUGAUUGCUUUCAACAGGCAACAAUUACAUGUUGCAACGGAUAUAUUCUACAGGUACAAAAUCAAACAUCAGCAACUUGUGUUAAAUGUCUUGCUCCAGGUGAGUCAUGCUAUCAAACGACUAAACAAUGUUGUCCAGGAUAUCGAUGUGGCUCAGGCGGUCCUGUUUAUCAAGUAACAAGACCUGGAGAUCGAUGUAUUUCAAAUAUGAUUAUCGGUUAG